AUAGAACCAGAAGCAGCAGUAGUGUUGAAUACAGAGAGAUAUGGGACAGAGGCGAGUGAUUUCAUGUUGAGAUACUCUAAGCCUGGGCAGGACUCAAAAGCAGAAACUUCGGUACACACACGCAUGCACACACACACACACGCUUGCACGCUGGCGGGCACACAUGCAAACACGUUGGGCUUCAAAGGAUGUUUCGUCUGGCAUGGUGGAGUUGUUGCUCCUCUUGUCACAGCAUGAAACAGAGCAGUGUAUAGUUGGAAUUUAUGUUUAGCGCCACAGCUGAAACAUUUCAUCUUUCACGGCAAUGAUAAACGCACACUUCAGAGAGAGAGCGAUAGAGGGAAGGAAUAUGAGAAAGAGAAAGAAAGAGAGAAAGAAAAGAAGUGGAGAGAGAGAGAAAGGAACACAGCGAGAGAGAAAAAUGGACCCAGUGCAGAAGGCGGUGAUCAACCAUACCUUCGGCAUUCCACUGGUGAAAACCAAGAGGCCCAUCAUCUCUUGUAACGUCUGCCAGAUACGCUUCAACUCUGAGAGCCAGGCAGAAGCCCACUACAAAGGCAACCGCCAUGCACGGAGAGUCAAAGGCAUCGAGACCUCCAAGAGUCGCCCCCAGGAGGGUGACAAGUCGGGCCGACCUGUCUCCCUCACCUCCUCUCCAUCCCUCCCUGGUGAACCCCCUACCUCCACCCCUGACAUCAGCGACCCCUGUAACCCAGAUGAACCACGCCUCUCUCUGCCACCACUGUUAAACGGGGGGCCUCUCAUGGCCCCGCCUGGGCCCCUACCCCCCCUGCCUCCCCUCUCCACCCAUGACUCCCCCCUUGCCCCCUCCGUGUAUCCCAUGCUGACCACCCCCACCCUCACGCCUUCUCCCCUUCUCCCCUCAUCCUCUGACUCCCCAGUGGGUUUCAACACCACCAUCCCUGAGCAGAGUGGUGUUCCAGUGGCCCCUGUGGCUCCCGGGGCCCCAGCCGGCCCAGAGACAGAGGAGGACAAGGUCAAGAAGCUCCUCUACUGCUCACUGUGCAAAGUGUCCGUCAACUCCCUCUCACAGCUGGAGGCUCACAACAAAGGUACCAAACACAAAACAAUCCUGGAGGCUCGCAGUGGGCUGGGUCCUAUCAAGGCGUACCCUCGGCUGGGCCCCAAACCCCCGGGGGAGCUGGGAGGGGGACCACUGGACCCCAACACUGAGGAACGCACCUUCCACUGUGAGAUCUGCAACGUGAGGGUCAACUCUGAACUGCAACUCAAACAGCACAUAUCUAGUCGAAGGCACCGGGACGGAGUGGCAGGGAAACCUAACCCUCUUCUCAGCCGACACAAGAAGCACAGGGUAGCUGACCUCACGUCCUCUCUGCACUUCUCUAAGGAUCUCUCCAAAUGUUUGGGGGCAGGGCUCUUGCCCAGUCCCCUGGCUGUUGCUGCGGCGAUGGCCGCAGCCGCUUCCUCGAACCACCAAUUGGCUCAGCUUCGUGCUGCAGCUGCGUCUUCGGCCCAGCACCACCCGCAUCACCACCACCACCACCACCUAUUACAGGGCCCACCUCUCAGCCAUGCCAUCUUAAGACCCGCCCCCGGGCCCAUGCGCACCUCCCACGUGCCAAUCCUCUUCUCUCCUUACUGACUCCACCUCCUCCACCUCGGCCAGUCAGGAGCAGCCACUACAAAAGCACACUGUGAAGAAAUAAAUGUAAACAAACAAACCAUCGGUAAACAAAGAAACAUGUAGAUGAGAAGAAAUGAAAGGGAAGAGAGCAUCUGAAAGAAGGAGAUGGAGUCCCUCGUUUUCCUUUUUCCCUGAGCUAAAACUCUCCUUCCAUCUCAGAGGCUUGUGACUGUGAGUGAUAGACUGAUGGAGAGAGAAGGAGAGAGAGGGCAAUAGAAGGAGAGAUACUCAGUAUGCAUUGGAUGGACUGCAGUAUGCUUGUUCAUUUCUCACCUCUCUCUCCCCACAAACUGUGAGAUCCAUCACACUGAUGGCUCUUAUAAAACACACACACACACACACACACACACACACACACACACACACACACACACACACACACACACACACACACACACACACACACACACCUCCAUUGCAACUACCUUUCAGUACAGUAUGUGAUGCGUAUACAUACUCUUUCCUCAUCAUUCUGGUCUUAAGUGUUCUUACUGUACUAUGCACCUCCAAACCAAGAGAAUAAUGUCACUGCAGUAUGUCAGCACAGAGAGAAUAAUGUUACUGCAGUAUGUCAGAGAGAAUAAUGUCACUGCAGUAUGUCAGAGAGAAUAAUAUCACUGCAGUAUGUCAGUUCAGAGAGAAUAAUGUCACUGCAGUAUGUCAGAGAGAAUAAUGUUACUGCAGUAUGUCAGAGAGAAUAAUGUCACUGCAGUAUGUCAGUUCAGAGGAAAUAAGGUUACUGCAGUAUGUCAGUUCAGAGAGAAUAAUGUCACUGCAGUAUGUCAGAGAGAAUAAUGUUACUGCAGUAUGUCAGAGAGAAUAAUGUUACUGCAGUAUGUCAGCACAGAGAGAAUAAUGUCACUGCAGUAUGUCAGUUCAGAGAGAAUAAUGUCACUGCAGUAUGUCAGCACAGAGAAAAUAAUGCAUUGCAGUAUGUCAGUUCAGAGAGAAUAAUAUCACUGCAGUAUGUCAGAGAGAAUAAGGUUACUGCAGUAUGUCAGUUCAGAGAGAAUAAUGUCACUGCAGUAUGUCAGAGAGAAUAAGGUUACUGCAGUAUGUCAGUUCAGAGAGAAUAAUGUCACUGCAGUAUGUCAGAGAGAAUAAUGUUACUGCAGUAUGUCAGUACAGAGAGAAUAAUGUUACUGCAGUAUGUCAGCACAGAGAGAAUAAUGUCACUGCAGUAUGUCAGAGAGAAUAAUGUUACUGCAGUAUGUCAGCACAGAGAGAAUAAUGUUACUGCAGUAUGUCAGAGAGAAUAAUGUUACUGCAGUAUGUCAGUUUAGAGAGAAUAAUGUCACUGCGGGAUGUCAGUUCAGAGAGAAUAAUGUCACUGCAGUAUGUCAGUUUAGAGAGAAUAAUGUCACUGCAGUAUAUCAGAGAGAAUAAUGUUACUGCAGUAUGUCAGUACAGAGAGAAUAAUGUUACUGCAGUAUGUCAGUUCAGAGAGAAUAAUGUCACUGCAGUAUGUCAGAGAGAAUAAUGUCACUGCAGUAUGUCAGCACAGAGAGAAUAAGGUUACUGCAGUAUGUCAGAGAAAAUAAUGUUACUGCAGUAUGUCAGUUCAGAGAGAAUAAUGUUACUGCAGUAUGUCAGCACAGAGAGAAUAAUGUCACUGCAGUAUGUCAGAGAUAAUAAUGUUACUGCAGUAUGUCAGCACAGAGAGAAUAAUGUCACUGCAGUAUUUCAGCACAGAGAGAAUAAUGUCACUGCAGUAUGUCAGUUCAGAGAGAAUAAUGUCACUGCAGUAUGUCAGAGAGAAUAAUGUCACUGCAGUAUGUCAGAGAGAAUAAUGUUACUGCAGUAUGUCAGAGAGAAUAAUGUCACUGCAGUAUGUCAGAGAGAAUAAUGUUACUGCAGUAUGUCAGAGAGAAUAAUGUCACUGCAGUAUGUCAGAGAGAAUAAUGUCACUGCAGUAUGUCAGUUCAGAGAGAAUAAUGUCACUGCAGUAUGUCAGAGAUAAUAAUGUUACUGCAGUAUGUCAGUUCAGAGAGAAUAAUGUCACUGCAGUAUGUCAGAGAGAAUAAUGUCACUGCAGUAUAUCAGAGAGAAUAACGUUACUGCAGUAUGUCAGUACAGAGAGAAUAAUGUCACUGCAGUAUGUCAGUUCAGAGACAAUAAUGUCACUGCAGUAUGUCAGCACAGAGAGAAUAAUGUCACUGCAGUAUGUCAGCACAGAGAGAAUAGUGUCACUGCAGUAUGUCAGAGAGAAUAAUGUCACUGCAGUAUGUCAGAGAGAAUAAUGUUACUGCAGUAUGUCAGUUCAGAGAGAAUAAUGUCACUGCAGUAUGUCAGCACAGAGAGAAUAAUGUCACUGCAGUAUGUCAGAGAGAAUAAUGUUACUGCAGUAUGUCAGAGAGAAUAAUGUCACUGCAGUAUGUCAGAGAGAAUAAUGUCACUGCAGUAUGUCAGAGAGAAUAAUGUCACUGCAGUAUGUCAGUUCAGAGAGAAUAAUGUCACUGCAGUAUGUCAGAGAGAAUAAUGUUACUGCAGUAUGUCAGUUCAGAGAGAAUAAUGUCACUGCAGUAUGUCAG